AUGCGCGCCUCAGCAGUUCUCAUGGCUCUCUUCGCCACCCUCGCCGUUGCCGUCCCAAGCAACCUCGACUCCGUCAACCUCCCCUCCCUCCUCGAGACCCGCCAAUGCGCAAAGGCGGGAACAUGCUCCAAGGGCGGCGACAAGGGCGAGAGCUGCUCCGCGUUAAAGUGCUGUAGCAAUUCCAAGUCUGGUCGUGGCGGACAGGCGCGUCUUGGUGCUCGUAAACCCGGCGAGUUUGACCCUCCUCUUCUCAAAUGGCGGAGGUGA